AUGGAUGAAGAAAAUCAAAGAAGACCAAGAGCAGUGUCUGGAGCCAGAAGCGAAGGUCCUACUUCGCCAACUAGAGCCUCGAGGGGAGUUGAAGAAGAUGCAAUUUCACCUACCAGAAGAUUUUCGACCGUUGAAGAAGGCCCAUCUAGUUCUGGUGUCCGCCGACGCAGCUCGGCAGCGAGGCGUAGUGGCAGUGGAGUGCCCAGCCUGGCCCCUCGAACUACUCUUGCAGACCGAACACAGGGGAAGUUCACCUUGGCUGGCCCAGAUGAGACUCCUCAAAUGAGGCUCUCUCAUGAGCCUUUCGUGCAGCCCGGAUAUGCCGACCUAAACCCAUCCUAUGAGCAAGCGAAUAACGCCAAACCCGUGUGGAGUUUGGCCAAACCGCUGCCGCGUGUGGUGAGACCAGGCAUGGUGCCCACCAAAGAUGAAUUGCUCCAGAAUCUUGCCAAUGCUCAGUUACCCGCCGAAAACUCACAGAGGCUUGGCUUGGACGUGGACCCCAAUGAUCUCGAACAGGGCAGGAUCGAGAAGACCGCCGAUCCGCGGAAAAUGGCAGCGCAAGUAGAAGAUGCGCGUUUGCAGCGUGAGAAUGCUUUUAUGAACAAGAUCCUGAGUGGCGAGACGGCGUCAAUCAGACAAGGAUCCCGUUUGUCUCGCACUUCUUCAACACGUAUGAGACGGCCCUCGAAUUGGGAAGAACAGCUCUCAACCGUCGAUGAAGGCGGGUCUCAGGCAACAGAUGAAUCACCAAGGAGACAACCCGAGUACCAGAGUGAUGAUCCAUUACAAACUGUGCAUGAAGAACCCGAGCUACACCCGGAGGAAGAACUAGACGCCAAAUUCGAGAUCCCUGCCCUCGAUGAAGCGACCUGCCCGGAAGACCUGCACCCGCUGAUACAAGAUCUGGUCGAAGACGAAGUGCACAACAACCAUACAACAUGGUCAGUCAUUCGAACGCACCAUCGUGAGGCUCUGGCUGAGGCACUCGCUGCCUAUGUUCAGCUCACCAUUGGCUUCUGCGCGGACCUCUCAGUGACUGUGGCAGACGCUGGAAAUCCUAACACCACUGCCUGGGCCUGGGGCCUUGCUACUAUGAUGGGAAUUUACAUCUCUGGUGGUGUCUCUGGUGCCCACCUUAAUCCCGCCAUCACAACAAUGCUGUGGUUUUAUCGUGGUUUCCCCAAGCGCAAGAUGCCCGAGUAUUUUGCAGCCCAGUUCAUUGCCGCAUUCUGUGCCGGUCUCACGGCCUAUGGACUUUACUACCGCUCAAUCGAGUACUACAUAAGCACAAAUGCCAACUCGGCCAUUAUCAACAGCUUCGUCACCAACCAGCGUGAAUCUUGGAUUGGCCCUGCAACAGCUUUCUUCACCGAAUUUUUGGGAACUUGCUUCCUCGCCGUCACAGUCCUAGCUCUGGGUGAUGACCAGAAUGCUCCACCAGGUGCAGGCAUGAACUCUUUGAUCAUUGGACUUGUCAUUACUUGCCUGAGCAUGACCUUUGCUUACCAGACUGGUGCUGCUUUUAACCCCAGUCGUGACUUUGGUCCUCGCCUCGCGCUUCUCGCACUUGGUUAUAGCAACGAUCUUUUCCUGAAUCCGUACUGGUUUUAUGGGCCCUGGGUCGGUGCAACAACCGGGGCCUUUAUGGGAGCGUUCUUGUACGAUUUCAUGAUCUUUACUGGCGGUGAAUCCCCGGUGAACUACCCUCUGGAGCGAACUCAACGAGCAAUGAAGAAGAGCCGCAUGAAGUGGAAGCGCCGUUUGCAUCUUGGGAAGAAAAAGACGACGAACGUACCCGUAGCAUGA